CAGAGCAGAGCAGCUCUGCUCUCAUUGGCUGCCUGGAAAGAAGGCUCGGCCGCUUUGACUUGCGAGGCUUCUUGAGCCCGAACAGAAGGCGAGCAAACCCCCAUGGCGGCGAGCGGAGGCGAGCUUCUCCUGUUGAAGCAAUGCCUGAUCAGGCGGAAUGGGCGUCAGGAGCAGCACGGGGUGGCGGCCUCCAGCCUGCAGGAGCUGCGGAACAAGGCCUGUGAUCACCUUGAGAUCCACAAGGAGCUGGAGCCUAUAACUCUGGUCUUGGCCGAGGAUGGUACCAUUGUGGACGAUGAAGGCUACUUCUCAUGCCUGCCACCUAACACCAAGUUUGUAGUGCUGGCAAAGGACGAGGAGUGGUCUCCCAGCAGCACAGACGGAGGCACAGCUUGGCUAGAGGGAGAGGUCACUGUCGUGGAUGGAGUGGAGGGCGGUGGCGAGAGAUGGGAACGCCUCGCCCGGCAACUGAAGGCCGACCUCUCCACCAUCGUCUUGAUGUCUGAGGAAGAUCUCCAGGCACUCAUAGACGUACCCUGCUCAGACUUGGCGCGAGAACUUUCGGAGAACCAACCCAAGGUCCAAGCUCUGCAAGACACCCUUCAGCAGGUGUUAGACCGUCGAGAGGAGGAACGGCAGUCUCGUCAGCUCCUGGAACUCUACCUGCAGGCGGCAAAAAAUGAGGAUUGCAUUGUGCCGAAGGCGGAAGAAGCAGCAGAGAUGACCAUGGAAGGAAGUGACACAGUUGAUGCUGGAAACAGAAGUGGGAAUCCUGCAAGCACAGUGAGGCUCGGCAGCCAGAUCUUGACAGCGCUUAAAGAAAAGCCGGCCCCAGAACUCAGCCUGGCUAGUCAAGACUUGGAGCUGGUUUAUAAAGAAGACCCAGAAGCCCUUGCUCUGCUCCUGAACUGGGACAAGCCAAAGACCGAGGCGCUGCAGAAGGCUUGUGAGGAGGAACUGUCGAAGCGGCUGCAACAAGUCCAGGCGCUGCAUUCCUUGAGGAACCUCUCAAAGGGCAAGAAAAAGCAUCCGUGGGGGGACUGGCUGAGCUCCAAACGCAAGAAGAAAUAAGAUGCAGCUUAAUGAGGGACGCUGGGAGGUAUCUUAAGCAGCUGCGGCGUUUUCCUACACUGCCAUUUUUUUUGAGACUAAGGAAGGAGCACAUCAGAUAGGAAUGUAAAAAGCAAACACGCUCUCAACCUGCAGUACUGGAUGCAGCCAAACAGUGUUUGUGUUUCCAUAGGUGACAGCUUUCAAGCCAGGGGAAAAGGAGAUCCUUUUCUUACUAGGUAAUAGAGGAAGACCAUGUGUAUACUGGUCUAAAGAGAAGGGCAGUGCUGUUUUUUGAUAAGACCAUCUUCUUGGUGCUUACGAGCGGAAAAGUCCAGAUGCCACCAUACUCAGGUCCUCCCUGCUGUUCAGUUUGGUACUGGGCUGGCUACGCAAAGCGGUUUGGGGGCCACAAUCAUUACGUUUGACCAUGCUGUGCCUUACUGUUAACGGUCUUCCAAUGCUUACUUCCCCCAUCUUUCAUGACUGGGGGCCAGUUCAAAUGUUAUACUCCUGUACAAUGCAACAUGUCCUUUUAUUGCUAUGUGUUUCACUCAUCAUAAGAGUGCAGUCAGAAGUCACUUACAUCAGUGACACACCUUCCCGAAGAGAAGAUCUGCUUCCUUCGGAUUAUGUGAGGGUCAGGAAACGUUUCUCUCAGGGGUUGUCUGCCAGCAAGAUGACCAGCUACAAACACAGCACUUCUGCUUCCUUCGCCUGUCGGCAGGGAACAGGUUGAUCUUGUCAACAGCUCGCCAUAUGCUUUUGAAAUUAGGCUGACAAGCCGUAUGUUGCCUUGCCUUAGUGCCUGUGUUUCUUCUCUGGGAUUCCUGAUCAUAUCUAAACUACAUUUCUGGAGUUACGGUCACCACUCUUAUUAGGAAAAGCAGUAUCAACUUGAUGGCAAGCAAGUGUUCUACAUUUUAUUGAUAUUAAAGUUUUGUACUAUUGGAUGAAUUUC